AUGCAUGCAGCAGCUGUGGUUGAUGAUAAGUUAUACAUUGCCGGUGGAAGUCGUAAUGGUCGGUACAUAUCUGAUGUUAAGGUUUUGGAUCUUGGAAGUUUGGCAUGGUCUGCUGUAAAACUGAAUGUGGAACCAAAUGCUGAUAAGGUGGAAGAUAGUAGCACACGAGAAAAACUUCCGGCUUCAUCUGGUCACAGUAUGAUCAAGUGGGAAAACAAACUUCUUCUCAUUGCUGGCCACUCUAAGAAUGUUUCUGAUAGUGUGACAGUGCGGUUCAUCGAUCUUGAAUCACAUCAGUGUGGUGUUGUAGAGACUUCUGGAAAAGUUCCGGUAGCUCGUGGUGGCCAGUCUGUCACUCUUUUUGGUUCUAAAGUUAUAAUGUUUGGUGGAGAAGACAGGGGAAGACGUUUGCUAAAUGAUGUUCAUGUUCUUGAUCUUGAGACAAUGACUUGGAAUGUCGUGGAGACUACGCAGACGCCUCCAGCUCCAAGAUUUGAUCACACAGCUGCAGUGCAUGCACAACGCUACCUCCUAAUUUUUGGUGGUUGUUCUCAUUCACUAUUUUUCAACGAUCUUCAUGUGUUGGACUUGGAGACGCAUGCAGCAGCUGUGGUUGAUGAUAAGUUAUACAUUGCCGGUGGAAGUCGUAAUGGUCGGUACAUAUCUGAUGUUAAGGUUUUGGAUCUUGGAAGUUUGGCAUGGUCUGCUGUAAAACUGAAUGUGGAACCAAAUGCUGAUAAGGUGGAAGAUAGUAGCACACGAGAAAAACUUCCGGCUUCAUCUGGUCACAGUAUGAUCAAGUGGGAAAACAAACUUCUUCUCAUUGCUGGCCACUCUAAGAAUGUUUCUGAUAGUGUGACAGUGCGGUUCAUCGAUCUUGAAUCACAUCAGUGUGGUGUUGUAGAGACUUCUGGAAAAGUUCCGGUAGCUCGUGGUGGCCAGUCUGUCACUCUUUUUGGUUCUAAAGUUAUAAUGUUUGGUGGAGAAGACAGGGGAAGACGUUUGCUAAAUGAUGUUCAUGUUCUUGAUCUUGAGACAAUGACUUGGAAUGUCGUGGAGACUACGCAGACGCCUCCAGCUCCAAGAUUUGAUCACACAGCUGCAGUGCAUGCACAACGCUACCUCCUAAUUUUUGGUGGUUGUUCUCAUUCACUAUUUUUCAACGAUCUUCAUGUGUUGGACUUGGAGACGAUGGAAUGGUCCCAGCCCGAAAUUAAAGGUGAUUUGGUGACUUCAAGGGCAGGUCAUGCUGGUGUCACCAUUGAUGAAAACUGGUACAUAGUUGGUGGUGGAGAUAAUAAAAGUGGUGCCACAGAAACUCUCAUGUUAAAUAUGUCUAAGCUUGCCUUGUCAGUCUUGACAAGUAUAAAGGGAAGAGAUCCGUUAGCCAGUGAGGGGCUCAGUGUCUGCUCAGCACUUGUGGAGAGCGAGAAUAUUUUGGUUGCCUUUGGUGGCUACAACGGAAAAUAUAAUAAUGAGGUAUUUGUUAUGAGGCCCAAACCAAGGGACUCUGCACAACCCAAGAUUUUUCAAUCACCAGCUGCCGCAGCAGCAGCAGCUUCUGUUACUGCUGCAUAUGCCCUAACCAAAUCUGAAAAGUUGGACUUUACCCACCUAGAAGAUUCAAAUCCUAAGUUAGUCCAAGUUAAUAGCUUCCAGCGGGAUCUUUCAGCUGAAAUCAAUGCAAUUAGAGAGGAGAAAAAGGUGUUGGAAUCAUCACUUGCUGAAGUCAAAUCAGAAAAUUCUGAUCUCAUGGCUAAGAUUGAUGAAACUAAGAAUACUUAUGCUGAAUUGUCCAAGGAACUCCAAUCUGUUCAAGGGCAACUGGUAGCUGAGAGAUCAAGAUGUGCUAAACUGGAGGCACAGAUCUCAGAGCUACAGAAGACGCUGGAGUCAAUGCCGUCCAUAGAGCAAGAGGUUCAAUUACUCCGGAGACAGAAAUCUGCAUUGGAACGUGAUAUGGAGCGUGCUGCACCAGUCCAGAGACAAAGUUCUGGUGGUGUUUGGAGGUGGAUAGGUGGAUAG